ACCAACAGCCCGAUGGAGUGUGUGCGCGCGCGCCUGUCGGGUCGAGGGCGCGCAUCUUCGUGCACCUGGAGCACAGCUGCAUUGAGCGCAGAUGAGGAGCAGCAGCGGGAUGGCAGUGAAGAGGCGAAACGCAAUCGAUCGGUGAUGAUCAGCGUCGACAAUCAAUGAAUAAAUCCACGUUGACGUGAAGAGACAAUCUGACCUCACGUGCAUGAUGCUUCUUGUGGACUGCGAGACGGACGCGCUGUGGUCCAGGUGAGAGCCGUGCUUGAGCUAAAUGAGUCGGUCAGUCAGGAAGGAAGAGGAGAAGUCAAAUGGGACACAAAAGCCAUGGAGGUCAAAGGACAACUCAUUUCAGCACCUGCCCCUCUCACAUUUUGGGACAGGAAGCAGAAGGAACACAUGUUGGCUCUACAAGAGAAGAGUCGGAGCCUGCAGGCGCUGCUCACCGUCCGAUUGGCUGAGCUGAGGCAUGUGUGUCUGCAGGAGGCGGAGCUGACUGGUACGCUGCCCAGUGACUUCCCCUUGGCAACGGGGGAGAAACUCCCCUGUGUGAGGCACAGAGGAGGGACGUCCCGUCAAGUCGACAGGAAGUACAGAGCAAAGGAAGAAGAUAGUGCACAUGUGAGGAGUACAAAAACUUUAUUCAGUGGCACACAGAGAAAACACAAUCACCGUGAACAGAACACACAAGCACGACAUGGCAAGAUGACUGUGCACAGAGGCUGCCACACUGACGACGCCGUGAGAUGGGAGAGCAACUCCACGUUGCACUCUACUGGAGAUGACAGUGAGGAGUUCAUACAACUGUGUCGCCCCCCGUUGGUUGCAGGUGUUUCUCCAGUGGAGGUUUACUGUCACAACAAACCCAGGACGAGUUUCGUGUGCAUCAGGUCUGAGAAUCCUCAGAAUCAUCAGAGCCACAGAUCCCUCCUUCAGCCUCAUGCCCUACCACAUUCCCACAUCAGCUCGUCAGCUGCAUGCCCUUCAGAGUCUGUAGUUUUGGGGGAGGCCAAAGUGUGCGCGACACUCCGUCCCAAUGACAGCUCAGAUGGGCUGCUGAACGGUGCGUCCUCGCCCGAGAAGGAACAGCAGGGUGGGAUGUGGUUAAACAGUUUCACAGGGUCCCAGCCGGCAAAUACCAGGCCGACUGCGGGAAGAGGGCGUGGCUACAGUAAUCUAUUGCUGGACUACGUGUUGAGCAAACAGUGGCAGCCGCCUCAGCCAAUCACCUCCCAGCAGCCUCCAGGAGCUCCACCCACCUACCAGGUGCACAUGGGUGAGCAACGGCAUGUCAAAGUGACCCGCACCAAAUCUUGUGGCCCUUUCCUGCCCGUGCCGCACGUCCAGCUGCACUCCCAACCCCACCUAACCCCCUCCCAGCUGGCCGCUGCCCAGGAUGCAGAGCUAGAGGACGCAACCAGGAGCCUCCACAAGGCUCUCGCUCUGGAAGGUCUAAGGGAUUGGUUCCUGAGGAACACCAUCGGCCCCUCACGCACUAAUCAAAAUGAUGAAAAGCUUAAGGCUCAGUUCGGAGGAGCUUUGCAGCAUCGAUGGACGACUCAAGUUGUCCUCAUGCGGGCGGAGACGAGGCCUCGUGGCCAACUGCCUCACUCCGUCAGCUUCCAUGGACAGUCGCUACACGGCAGGUCUGUGAAUAGCUCACUCUAUCUUGACCCUGCCCCUUCACGGAAACAUGUAGAUCCCUCCAAGGAAGUGUCUUUGGAGCAAACAUCACCAGAAACUCUGGUCUGAUGAGCAUGCCAGUCGAUGGUUCACUGGGUGAUCCAAUGCGUGGUCACGCAGAGAAUCAGAAUGUCUGCUGUUCUAGUAAUCAAUGACAUCCUUCAGGAAGAACCUCAGUUUUCGCGGUUUCCCACAAACCAAACGUUGAGAAGAAAAGAAGCAAUAAUUAAGUUGAAGAGGUUUUCUUUUACCUAUAGUCCGGAUGUCACUGUUGGAUGACGUCAUUGACUCAGGCAAAUCUAAUAACAUUAAGAUGAUGACCUUUUUAUUCUAGCAAUAAGAUGUCAAAGUGAGAAUAACUUUUAAUCAACUGCUUGACAAUCACCUUAUCAAUAAAUUGAUCCAGUGAAUGUUGACAUCAGGUGUACUGAUCAAUGACUGAUUGGGUAUCGAUUUUUCUUGAUGUUAUCGGGUUACUUCACUUUGACCCCGCCAAAAAACUGUGGUCACAUGACGCAUUCUAGCAUCUUAGGUGUUUUUUAAAGUCAUUUUCUGCUUUUACAAGCACCAUUGUGUUUAUGGAAUGUCUAAGCCUCAUCCACUUGUAAACCUUCAUGUGUUUCAUUGAUAGUUGAAGACUGACAACUCGGUGCAGGUGGGUGGAUUUUAUUUACAGUAUUUUACAGUGGUGGGACGUCAGGGCCCGCAAGGCAUUCUCUGCUGACAUCAACACUAUCAGAAGCCCUCACCUACAUUUACAACCUAAAAUGUAUUAUUUGUUCUAUGAAAUUGUAUGAAUUUAUUCCCAACAGUCUCUUCACUUUUAAUGUUUCUCUUGGCUGCACUGCCUCCAGUAUGUGUAUGUGUAUGCCCCACUGUGAUGCCAUUUCAAUCUAAAUUUCCUAGUGCCGAGGGCUGGCCAAUGUAAUUUCAAUGAUAUGAGCAAUGGGAAUUUUUUUUAACCAAUCAGAUCUCAGUUUCCAGCUAACUGGCCAAAAGAAUUUCAGCAUUCUGAUUGGUUGGUCAGAGCAAACGAAAUUUAACUGACAAAACAUUCGUGGCAGUCUACACACUUGAAUACAUUGCAUAAUCAGCAUCUCUAGUGAGUAUUAUGAUGCAUUUUAUCUUUUGAAUAUAUACCGCUGCACAUGCAAUUUCUCCAGAAAUUGCAGUUUCUAGUUUUCUAGAAUAAUUCUGACAAAAACGUUGCAUUUAAAGUAUUUGUAUUUUGACAUUCUUUGGUACACUAUAGAGGCUGGUUGUACCAAGUUCCCACACAGAAUAUUUUAGGAUGGGGACAAAGUGUUACUUCCUUGUGCUCUGGGGUUUGAGUGAGGGUUUACGCUGGAAAAAAAUACAGUGCACAUAUGCCUCUAGCUGGCGGACAUCAUGGCUAGAAAUAUGCUUUUGGUGGUACAUCAAACUCAUUUCAAAAGUUGUUAAAAAAUUUCAUUGAGGUCUAUUGUGCAUGAGUUUUCAGUGGUAAUAUUUAACCCCCGCAAAUAUUUUUCUGAACUCAUUCAUUCCCAAUCUCAUGGUUAACUCUUUGUUUUGUUGUUGUUGUUGUUGUUGUUUUUUUCAAUAUAUUCAAAACGUUGAGUGCCACUCACAAAUUAAUUCAAGUAUUGCAUUUUAAUGCAUUGGACAUACAAGGGCCGAAUGCAAUUCUUCACCAAGUAUCAAGUUUGUAAAGGAUUGUAAUGAGCUGCAAAAGCCAGCAGAUGUCAAAGUGCCAUGGAUCAGGGCCCAGUCAGUACUGUUUAGACCACUGGUCUCAAACCCGUGGUCUGUGGGCCAAAUGCAGGCCACAGGACGCUAUUUUGAGGCCCCCACCUUGAUAUGAAAGUUUAAUGUCAGCCCUCACGAGUUUGAUAUGGAUGCUGUAUGCAUUAGCACUACGUCCGUGCUAAAUAGUUAGGUCUGUCUCAUUCGAAGGCCAACAGCUUCGGAGCACCCACACUGUAGCGGCAACACGACCAUGCCCACGGUGUCCCGCACCAGCUUGAUAACACGUGUAAACCACGGAUGUAAACAACUCGUCGCUGCUGCUGAAGACACAUUCAAACAGAUAAACAACACGCCACAUUGGUGUCAGAGUUGCAGUUUUGCCGAAGCACGAGACCUGACGUUGCACACGCAUAAGAACGGGAAAAAUGAGUGCUAAGACGCUAACACGGUGCUAGCACUAUUACCUACACACAAGCAAAGUUUUAUGUGUAUGUGUCCGUGUUAGCGUUAACUCCAUGCCAGCCACUAGCCAAACUUUUCUAACUUUCUUAAUUAAUUUAUUUCAUUUAAUAUUAAACAGCCACGACAAACUUGUGUUUCCAUGGUUUCUGACCUUUAACCACUCUCCGUCAUAUGCAGGCGCAGGACCCUGAAUCGAUCUAGUAGCAGUGGAAAUUACAUUCUUUGAUUUAUAAUUCCCCCCCCCCCAUCUUAUUUUGUGUAGAAAAAUAAAAAUUAAGGCAUUUGAGAAUAGUGGAAUGUUUCAUCAGAGCUUUUCUUGUGGAAAACCGGAACCAAAUCACAAAAAAAGUGUAGGGUAUCACAGAAGCAAAAACA